AUGGAAGAAAUAGCCAUCAUAGGAGUAGGGUGUAAACUCCCAGGGGCGGACGAUAUUAACCAAUUUUGGCGGGUUUUACAAAAUGGCGAGAACCACGUAUUGGAGGUUCCAAGUGAUCGAUGGAAUCUUGAAGCUUUCUACGACCCAGACCCUAAUGCCCCCGGGAAAACAUAUGUCAGGAGAGCUGGCUUCAUUAAAAACCAUGAUUCCUGGGAUAAUAAAGUCUAUGGUGUAAAUGACUUUGAAGCAAGUCAAAUGGAUCCUCAACAGAGGUUUGUAUUAGACUGUUGUUUUAAAGCCAUGGAAAAUGCUGGAAUAACACGAAAAAGUAUAGAUGACUCUAAUACUGGAGUCUAUAUAGGUGUUAUGAAUAGUGACUACAAAAGUUUACAAUCCUCAAACAGUGAAAAUAUGAAUAAUUAUACCUUAACUGGAACCUCUACCAGUAUUGUAGCUGCACGCAUAUCUUUCGCCUUCAAUCUUCAUGGACCUGCUAUGUCUUUAGAUACAGCUUGUUCAUCAUCUUUAUUAGCUAUUCAUCUUGCUGCUCAAGCUCUAAGAGAAGGUGAUUGUGAUAUGGCCUUAGCAGGGGGAGUUAACUCAUUGAUGGCUCCAGAGAUAUUUGUCCAGCUAAGUAAGGCCAGAAUGGCCUCCCCUACUGGUUAUUGCCAGGCCUUCUCUUCUAAAGCGGAUGGUUAUGCAAGGGGUGAAGGGGCCGGGAUUCUUCUACUGAAACGACUGAAAGACGUGAGCUGA